AUGAAGCAGUGUGCACAAACUGGAACACUGGAAGUUCUGCCUAAACAUCAGGUAGCACUGCUGUACCAUAUAUUGGCAAAUGUAAUCAUUUUCAUCUGUGGAAACUUGGCUGGAGCAUACCACAAACACCUCAUGGAGCUGGCACUGCAGCAGACGUAUCAGGACACAUGCAACUGCAUCAAAUCCCGAAUCAAGUUAGAAUUCGAGAAGCGCCAACAGGAGCGUCUUCUUCUUUCUUUACUGCCUGCUCACAUUGCCAUGGAAAUGAAAGCAGAGAUCAUUCAGAGGUUACAAGGUCCCAAGGCAGGUCAGCUGGAAAAUACAAACAACUUCCACAACUUGUAUGUCAAACGACACACCAAUGUAAGCAUCUUGUAUGCUGAUAUUGUGGGAUUCACUCGCCUGGCCAGUGACUGCUCACCAGGAGAACUGGUGCACAUGCUGAAUGAGCUGUUUGGCAAGUUUGAUCAAAUUGCAAAAGAAAAUGAAUGUAUGAGAAUUAAAAUCCUAGGUGACUGCUAUUACUGUGUUUCUGGACUACCUAUAUCUCUUCAAAAUCAUGCCAAGAAUUGUGUGAAAAUGGGACUGGACAUGUGUGAAGCCAUUAAGAAAGUGAGAGACGCAACUGGAGUCGAUAUUAACAUGCGUGUAGGAGUGCACUCUGGAAAUGUACUUUGUGGAGUUAUUGGGCUACAGAAGUGGCAGUACGAUGUGUGGUCGCAUGAUGUCACUCUGGCAAAUCACAUGGAAGCUGGAGGGGUCCCAGGCCGUGUUCACAUCACUUCAGUCACCUUGGCACAUUUGAAUGGAGCUUACAAAGUGGAAGAUGGGGAUGGAGAUGUGAGGGACCCAUAUCUGAAAGAGCAUAAUGUUAAGACUUACUUUGUAAUCAAUCCUAAGGGAGAGAAGCGAAGUCCUCAACACCACAUUAGACCUCGACAUACUCUUGAUGGAGCCAAAAUGAGAGCUUCUGUCCGCAUGACCCGGUACCUGGAAUCUUGGGGAGCAGCCAAGCCAUUUGCACACUUGCACCACAGGGACAGCAUGACCACUGAAAACGGCAAGAUUAGCACAACAGAUGUUCCCAUGGGGCAGUAUCAUUUUCAGCGUUGCAGAGAGAGAACAAAAUCUCAGAAAAGAAGAUUUGAAGAGGAACUAAAUGAGAGGAUGAUUCAGGCCAUUGAUGGAAUUAACGCUCAAAAGCAGUGGCUUAAAUCUGAAGACAUACAAAGAAUAUCACUUCUUUUCUAUAAUAAGACUCUGGAAAAAGAAUACAGAGCAACCACUCUGCCUGCGUUUAAGUACUAUGUGACUUGUGCCUGUCUCAUAUUCUUCUGCAUUUUUGUUGUGCAGAUUCUGGUAUUGCCAAAAACAUCUAUUCUUGGAAUUUCAUUUGGGGCUGCGUUUCUCUUGCUCUCUUUCAUUUUAUUUAUCUGCUUUGCUGGACAGCUUUUGCAAUGUAGCAAGAAAGCAUCAGCUUCACUGUUGUGGAUCCUGAAAUCAUCUGGAAUAAUUGCAAACCGUCCUUGGCCACGGAUCACUCUCACAUUGACAACAACUGCUAUAAUAUUAACUAUGGCUGUGUUCAACAUGUUUUUCCCGGAUAAUGCUGUGACAGCUUUUCCCCCAGUUCUUAAUUCAUCAAAUGCAAGUUUUCCUAAUUUGAGUAAUCAGACACGGUGGUGUAUACAAAACAACUGUUUUUUCCUACCGUAUUUUAUAUACAGCUGCAUAUUAGGGCUCAUUUCCUGUUCCGUUUUUCUGAGGAUAAAUUAUGAGCUGAAAAUGGUCAUCAUGUUGAUUGCAUUAGUGGGCUACAAUGUUAUCCUUCUGCACACUCACGGGUCCAUGCUAGAUGACUACAGCAAAUUUAUGUACGCAACAGCGCCUCUAAAAAGGCCUGGAAUACUGAAAGACCUGAAGACAAUGGGCUCAAUUUCUUUGUUUAUAUUCUUCGUCACGUUACUGGUUUUGGGUAGGCAGAAUGAAUAUUACUGUAGGUUAGACUUCCUGUGGAAGAACAAGUUCAAAAAAGAGCGGGAGGAGAUUGAAACCAUGGAGAACCUAAAUCGGGUGCUUCUGGAGAAUGUGCUUCCAGCCCAUGUAGCUGAACACUUCUUGGCAAGAAACCUGAAGAAUGAGGAUCUAUAUCAUCAGUCAUAUGACUGUGUCUGUGUCAUGUUUGCCUCUAUUCCGGAUUUCAAGGAAUUUUAUACAGAAUCUGAUGUAAAUAAGGAAGGCUUGGAAUGUCUCAGGCUGCUAAAUGAGAUCAUUGCUGACUUCGAUGAUUUAUUGUCUAAGCCAAAGUUCAGUGGAGUUGAAAAGAUAAAGACCAUUGGAAGCACGUAUAUGGCAGCAACAGGAUUGAGUGCUACACCCAACCAAGAACAGUAUCAGGAACCUGAACGACAGUAUAUGCACAUAGGAACCAUGGUGGAGUUUGCAUUUGCAUUAGUGGCGAAACUGGAUGUCAUAAACAAGCAUUCUUUUAAUGACUUCAAGUUACGAGUAGGUAUUAACCAUGGACCUGUAAUAGCUGGAGUAAUUGGAGCUCAAAAACCACAAUAUGAUAUCUGGGGUAAUACAGUAAAUGUGGCCAGCAGGAUGGACAGCACUGGUGUCUUAGAUAAAAUACAGGUUACAGAAGAGACAAACAAUGUCCUUCAAACACUGGGGUACAUGAGCACUUGCAGAGGAAUCAUAAAUGUAAAAGGAAAAGGAGAACUGAAGACAUACUUUGUACAUACAGAAAUGACAAGAUCCCUUUCACAAGGGAAUGUGGCAUCUUGAAGAAUGCUUGUACAUGUCAUUGAUACCAUAUUUUCAGGAAAGUAUCACGCACUUUUUAACUACAUUUUGGCCCUUAACAUGCGUGCUAUUUUCUGAUAUGUGGCACUUAUUUUAAUAUGGCUGCAUAGUCCCAUGAGCCAUCAUUUUGCACCUUGAUAUUCCUAUGUUCAAGGACAGUUGUGAUGUACACUAUAGGACUGGAAGAUUGUACUGCAACUUGCACAGUUAUUCCAAGACAAGAAAGGAAUAGGAAUUAAAAGGAGGUAACUCAUCCUGAAAGGACUAAAAAGAGAUGUUGGUGACAAAUGUGGGGAAAAAAGGCAAUAAAGCUAGGGGUGCAUACUAUUUCCUGAUGCAUGGUGUUUUCUGGAAAAUACAGUCGCUCCCCAAUAGCAUCCACUAAUCUGGUAUUAAAGCAUACAGUAUUUGUAAAUAAGUUUACUCGAUCCACACAUGAGUUGGAUGUGAUCACCAGUUGCAUCUCAUAGCCGGGGACACGUUGGGUGGCUUGCUGGCAUUCUUUCUGAAGAGAGAACUAACAAUGCUGGAAUAGUUUUGUACAAACGUGUCAAAUGUUUUGAAGCUAUUGUCUUUUGUAAGGUUAAUUCAUUAAAAGUUUAUAUGUAAUUUGUCUUACUGUUGCUGUCUCUUAGUUUUGCUUCCUUCUGUGGCUUCUGUACCUCUACACCUGAGCAUCUUCUGCUGCAGCUGCUGUAUUUUAUUCAGUGAUUAGAUAUUGAAGCAGGCUGUGGCCAGCUAUCUUCUUAGCUUAGGUCGUUAAUAUCUGUAAGAUUUGCUACUGCCUUUCAGAAAUUGAAUCAAUUCUAUUGUCUUCAGUCUUUCUUAGUAUCCUAGGCACUUUGCAGUCAUUUGGUCCCUAGGUGACAGAGAAGACUUCAAGUCCACAAACAUGAAUGAGAACGAAGUGGAGGAUACUGGAGACAUAACCAGUGUUGCUGCUCUACAAUGGGCCUGCAGUGCUUAAACAGUAACUAAGAGAAGCUGUAGGAAAGAGGAAACAUUGUGUUUUUACUUUGACCACCUCAUCUGCCCUUGCACGCCUUUCACUUAUCUUUACAGUGCCCAAUUUCAUUUAAAAUAAUCAAAUUUAUCAGAACAUAAUUGAUACAGUCUGUCUAUUUUUGAAGAUACAAAAAAAAUUGCUAUUUUGUGGAUAUUCAAGAUCAAUUCAAAUCUUGUUGAAUAGUAACUUGCAGAUUUUCAUAGAUGAGCAAAUGUGAGAGACUGAAAAAGGGUAAACAUACUCCUUUGAAGGUACUACAAAGAUUAUUUUUGUCUUGCCAUUAUCAGUACUUGCUAUUAACAUGUUUUUAGUCAUCAUAACAGGCUAACAAACCAAAAUUAAUAAAAGUCUCAUACUCAAAAAUAUAGCUAUAAUAUUUUUUCUGUUAUGGUAUUGAAAUGUAAAGAGUAUUCAUUAAACAGUUUUCAGAUUUCAUAUUCGUGAAACAUUUGUAUACAUUUGUAUUGCAUUGGUGUCCUUUCAGAAGGAUUUCCCAAAAUAUUCCCUAUAUAAAUGGCAUCAGGCUGCACAGUCUCAUUGAGUGUGGCAAGGUUACCAACAGCCACCAUCUGCCCUCUAGCAAAUUGGAAUAGCAGUCAAUCUUGAAAUGUCUACAUUUGGAAUAAAAUAGACACCUUGAAUUUUUAUUUCUUAAAUUAAAAAUUAAAUUAAAUUGGGAAAAAUAGAAAACAACUUAGAUUUUGAAUGUACUCUGAGCCUUUAAAACCAUUCUAGUAUUAGCACAGGUCAAAGCAAUCAUUUCUUACUGUAGAUGAAAACUCUGUAAGUUGAUUAUAUUGUACUGUCAUCUCUGUGCAGCUUUCAGGUAUAACCUGUACAUUCAGGGUUUUGUUUUCAUUUGUAUUGUUGCACAUUCUGUGCACCAUUAGUAAACUGUGUAUCUAAUUUGAUAGACUUGUUUCUAUAAUUUUUAUAAAAGUUAAAGUAUAUUAUAUUUCUGUAACCCAUAAAACGUUAAAUUAUUUGAAUAGCUGUGAGCUGACCGGUCCAAUGAAGUGUAAAGAUAAGUAUGUGCCCUCCAAGAACGUGUUGAUAAUGCCCUUAUCUGUGACACUCUGGUGCCCUUGUAAUACUCUGGUAUUCUCUCAUUUUGUACUUGCAUUCUAACUCUCGCUACUGUGUAGCCAAAUUCUGCUAAAGAACAAAAAAAUGGGCAAAAGAUGAAUAUACGUGUAGUACGAUGCCCAAAGAAAGGUGCAUAUUAUCCUUUCUCCAGCCUUUAGUUGCUGAGUAUUAUUAUCUUUCUAGUGCCAAGAAGCUAUUUGUAUCCAAUAAAUAUUUUUUGUCUUCCAAAGCACUUUACAUCUACUGUCUAUACUGUUUUAUUCUUUCCCUGUCUAGACUGACCCAGAGAUCCUCUUUCUUCCUCUCUUGCAGAAAUUUUAUAUUCCACAUUAACUGGAUAUAACACUACUUGAGUGUCACUGUAUAACUUGAAAGUUUUCUGAUAAUCAUAUUUUCUGCAUAACUUUAAGGUUCGAGUUCUACAACUUCCAUGUUGAUGCUACAGUUCACAGGUCGCUAGCAAGUCAUAAACGUCAUGAGUUUCAAAAGCAGAAUGCAAGAGUGCUCAACAACAUGAGGCAGCAGCCACACAAUGAAUAUAAGAGUGAUUCACUGUGAUCUGGGAGAAUGAAACCCAAACACGAACACUCUGGGAGUCUGCUGGAUUUCUUUAUCAAAGACAGUGCUAUGUGCCAAUUUAUGGAGGACUACCAAGGGGCAGGAAGAAAGAGUAGGCUUGCAGAUAUUUUUCUUGACUACAGAAGUAUUUGUAAUCACCUGUAAAGUAAUGCUAUUCAAAUGCUGUUUCCAGAAACAAUCAUUAGCAUCCUAUCUAUCCGGUAUGCAAAGCAUUAUUAAUUCUCUUCAUAUUCCUUUAAUGCUUUACUUAUUUCAUAAACUAUCUACAGACCUUACCUUUUUCCACUGAGGCACAGGUAGCAGUUCAGCCUGCUCAUUUCUAAACAGAAGGCUGUGCACAUUCGUAGGCAGAGGUAUUGAAAGUAUGUCAUAUUGUUUUCCGAACCUGACAGAUUUACUGUUUUACAUGAUGAUUACCUUGUCCUUUGAUAAUUAAUUUUCCUUUUGGUUGUACUUCAGUAUAAAGUUUUUUUUCCUCCUGCAAGAGACAGUCUGUCACUCAUUCAGGGCCUUGAGAAACGAGCACUUGUGUGAAAUGAAUGGCUUGACUUGAGGACCAAAUUACAGCAGAAACUGGACAGUUUUAGAGUCAUCUGUGUUUCAGCUUCUUUUUCAAGGAUGAUGGCUGACAGCAUUUGUUGGAAAGGCUGUCUCUCUUUCAUGGCUCAGGAAUACAUGGCAUUCUGAUACAUGCUGAGGCCAAACAACAAGGACAAAAGCUGAAUUGCUGAGUUUUGAUUUAACAGCUGCCUAACCAUCUCUGCUGUAAGUGCCACCAGCUUGAAACAGGUAUGUCACCUUGCAGUAGGAAGACUGCUAAUGUGUUUUUUCUGCAUUUCAAUAGCUUGUUUAGUUACAUGUCAUCUGUCUUCUUGGGUCCAUCCUGUCACCAUCUCUGUCUCAUCAUUGUCUCCCCUCUGACCAUUUGCCUCACAAAUUAAUUUGACAAAUUUUCUUGCUAAGUUUUUCCAACAACCAGUUUGAUAUUUCAGAACAGCCAUCCUGCCUUUGAGACAUCGUUAUAAGUACAAAAGCUAUAGGGAGGGAAGAGGAAGUGAGAGAAUAUUUCAGUUGGAAGGAACAUCAGAGAUCAUCUAGCCCAACUGCCUGAGCAUUCCAGGGCUCGCCAAAAGUCAAACCACGUUACUGAGGGCAUUGUCCAAAUGAUUCUUAUACACUGAAAGCCAUAGGGCAUCAAACACCUCUCUAAGAAUCUGUUCCAAUGUUUCAUCACUCUUACAGUAAAAAAAGGCAUUGUGCUUUGUGCUUUUCCCACAUGUCCUGUCAUUGGUGACUAGGAACCAGAGCCUGGCACCUCACUCUGCAUUUCCCCUCCUUAGGGACCUGCAGAGAGCAAUGAGGUCACUUCUCAGCCUCCUCCAGACUAGACAACCCAAAUGUCCUUUUACCAGCUUUGUUGCCCUCCUCUAGAUGCUUUCAAGGACCUUAAAAUUCAUUUUAUAUUGUGGAGUGGCAGAUCUGCACAUAAUAUUCAAAGUGAGGCCACAUCAGUGCUAAAUACAUGGGGAGAAUCACUUCCUUUGAUCAGUUGACUAUGCUGUGUUCAGUGCAUCCCAAAAUGCAGUUUGCCCACUUGUCCAGUGCAUACUGCUGGCUCAUGCUCUCUUGGGCACCCCCAAGGCCAUUCCUCCUGAGAUGCUCUCCAGCCAUUCUUCUCCCAGUCUGUACCUGCAUCCAUCCCAGUUGCAGAACCUAGCAUUUUCCUUUGUCGAAAUUCACGCUACUGAUCAUAUCUAAUCUUCCAAUCUUAUUUAGAUCCCUCUGCAAACCCUCUGAUCCCUCCAGAGUCAACACUACCUCCCAGUUUAGUGUCAUCAGCAAACCUGCUAAGGAUGUAUUGAGCUUCUGCAUCCAGUAAAUAGAACUGGCCCCAGAACUGAGCCUUUGAGAAUACUGCUACUGACCAGCUGCUGCUGACCAGCUGCCAGUCUGAUGUAGCCCCAUUCACAUGUAGGACACUUUAAGCUCUGUCAUUCAGCCAGAUCAUCACUCAGUAUAGUAUGAACCUGUUUAUCACACCGUUGCACAAUUUGUCCAAAAGGAUGCCGUGAGAGACAGUAUCAAAGGCCUUACUUCCAGAAAGAAUAUGUGCAAUGCCUAUCCUUCUCCCACCAAGUGGUUAGAGGACUUUUCCAUUUUGGCUAUGUUCCUUAAGUACCUUUCAGUAUCCCCAGGAUAACCUUCUCCAUAACUUUUCCAGGACCAAAAUGAGACACCUAGGUCUGUAGUUUCCUGGAUCUUCUCUCAUGUCCUUACAGUUUUGUGACCACAAUGGACCAAUGUGACCACUGCUUCUCAGGUCACAGUCAUUCAACACAAAAGACCAGGCAGUCCAAGAUCUAUCAUUAAUAGUAAAAACUAAGGCAAAAAGUCAUUCAAUGCCUUCACCACUUUCUCAUCCCUACUUGUUAGCUGACCAUCAAGUAUUAGCCCAGUGUUUUCCUUAAACCUCCUGUUGCUACUGACAUACUUAGAAAAAUAUUUUUUGUAUAUCUGGCAUCACAGUAGCCACUGUCAACUAAAAUAAGCUUUGUUUUUUCUCACACUUUUCCCUGCAGAUGCAAACUGCCACCUUGUACUCUCCCUCUGAAGCCAGAUUUUGCUUCUAAAGCUCAUGUAUUUUCUUUUUCUGCCCUAGUUCCAGGAGGAUUUUCCUAUUCUCAAACAACAGACCCAGGGUGGCUCCUCUUAGAGUUGGUUCACUCAGUACUUGUGACAGGAUGUUACCUUAAACAUGCUUCAGAAAUUUUCAGAAUACUUGUCAUGAUAGUAUAAUAUUCUAAGUUUAUGGUUGGAAAAGUGAAGUCUCACAAAAGGACAAGGUAAUCAAUCCCGAAAUAUCCCCUAAUUGCCUAUAGCUUGUCUGUGCUACUGUCCUGGGUGGGCAGUAGACAGUAGACACCUAGAACAACUUCCACUUUGCUACCUGUCUCCUCCUCAUCCAGAAGCCCCCUGCCACAUCAUCCCUAAUGGCAAUGACCAUACAGCCUAGUCUCUCCCUUAUGUACAAUGCAACACCUCCCCCCAGCCUGCCUGGCCUAUGCCUCAGGAACAGCUGAAAAUCUUCCAUCCCAGCAUUCAGUCAUGGGACUCAUCCCACCAAGUCUCACAACAAUAUCAGUGCUCUGGCAGAGGAACAAAUCUUCCAGUUCAUCCCAUUUGUCUCUCAUACUAUGUGCAUUAGUAUAUAAGCAUUUCAGAAUGCUCCUGAAUAUGCAGUGUUCUUUGGAAUGACACAGACGAUCCCAUUAGCCUUGCUACCCUCAGACAGUGCCAUAUCAUCCUUAGGCAUAACCUCGGUGCUCCUAAUGGUAUCCCCUUCCCUCAUUGAUCCUAGUUUAAGUUUAAAUCCUCUCAGUCAGUCUUGCCAAGUUAGAGACUAAGAAACAUUUUCCCCAUUGAGAUAGGUGGAAAUCAAGUGGCACCAGAUCAUAGAUGUCUCUUGUCUAGAAGAGUUUUUCCAUGUCUAUAAAACCCAGCAUAUUUGUGGAGGCACCAGUCCUGGAGAUAGGCAUUGAGUCACCUAUGACUGCUUCCUGCUGCUUCUUCACAGCACCAGUCUCAAUUUUGCUGCUGAGAGGUUACCUGGUGGGAAAACUUACAAAUACAUCUUCUUUCAUCUUUUCAAAAUCUCUCGUCUGCCACAUCGAGAGCAGAAUCAGAGAGAAAUACUUCAGGAAUCCUGUGUAGCUUAGUUUAGACUUCUGGUGAACAAUUUCUUUUGGCUCUAUUUACAGCUACAGCUUCAGCUGAACUGCUUUUUAUAAAAUGGUUUGCAGUCACUUGGUGCUCGUACUAAAUUACAAAACAGCACUUGCACAGUAGCAUACAUAUCUCUGUGUAGGAAGCUGAUGUCAGACAACUAUUGUUUAAAACUACACUGCUCACAUAUUUUGUGGUAAUUUGACUAAUGUUACAAAGAGAAUCCAAAUUGGUAGAGGGAUAUUAUUAGAUAAGCAGAUGGAAAUUGUCAUGAAUGAUUAAAAGUCUAUAGAGUGCAAAUUUCUCUUCAUUGCACUUGAAAAGAAGCAAGAUGCUAGCUACAUUAUUCAGUUUAUUAGUGAAUGGGGAAUGGAAGCUAUAUAGUAGAAAUGGGAGGUUUACAUCAUAUGUGGGCUCAACAUGCCUACAAGAAUUGGUUAUAAAGAUUUAGGUAUCCUGAAUGCUUUGUUUGUUUUUAAAUUGAUGUUCAGUAAAAAUCAAGAUGUCUGAAAAACUCCUGUUUCGAAAGAGCUUGCAAAAAAAUACUAACAAUUACAAUAAUGGCAGGAUUGCACCUAUGGCACUAAUACUGCAGUUGCCAAAAAGAGCAGCAACAUGAUAGAAUCAUAGAAUAUCUCAAGUUGGAAGGGACCCAUAAGGCUCACUGGGUCCAACUCCUGCCUCCACACAGGACUACCUAAACAUGAGACCAUAUGUCUGAGAGCAAUAUCCAAACACUGUUUGAACUCCACCAGGUUGGUAUCGUGGCCACUGCCCUGGGCAGCCUGUGCCAGGGCACAAAAUGAAGCUAGUCACAUAUCCCCAGGCAGUACAGGAGGGAAAAGAACAGUCAGUUACAUGUGUGUAUUAAUA